AUGAAGGAGGAGAUGGGCCAGACCAUUGAGGAGACUGCUAUGGGUAGUAUGCUUUACGAUGUAGGCCAGGGACGGGGAGCUGAGGACCUGGACCAGGACAGAAGCACCAGGUUGGAGAAGGAAGAAAUCCGAGAGUUGUAUAAGCCCGAAAAGGCAUGUUUGCAUGGUGAUGCCCAGCAGAUAAGCCUGGCGAACGUUGGUGUGAUUGAAGAAGCCAGUUUGAGACUCAGUCUAGCCCAGGCAAGCUACUGGCACCUGCUGCUCUCCACGAACCUGGACACAAUGGUGUUCGCAUUUUGGAAGGUCCUUCUGAUCUUAAACUGCCUUAUAGAUAAGACAUCUUUGAAAGUUUUUGUGAUGAAAAAGUGUCAGCAGAAUGUGCAUAUAUAUAUAUAUAUAUAUAUAAUUGUAUUUUUGAUGAUUAUCAUUCCAGGUCAGGUUAGAGUGGUACAAGUGAUCAUCCCAGAGGGUUUUGUGAAUGUGACCGUUGGAUCUGAUGCCACCCUUGUCUGCCUCUACAAAACCACUGUGACCUCGCAGGACAAGCUCACCAUCCAGUGGUCUUUCUUCCAUAAGAAGGAAUUGGAGCCAAUUUCUCACAGCCCGUGCCUCAAUACUGAGGGUAUGGAGGAAAAGGCAGUCAGUCAGUGUCUAAAAAUGGCGCAUGCAAGAGACGCUCGGGGAAGAUGUAGCUGGACUUCUCAGAUUUACUAUUCUGAAGGCGGACAAGCUGCAGCCAUUGGGCGAUUUAAAGACCGAGUUAUAGGGACCAACGAUCCAAGUAACGCAUCUAUCACCAUCCUGAACAUGCAGCCAGCAGACAGUGGAAUUUACAUCUGCGAUGUUAACAACCCCCCAGACUUCGCUGGCAGAAAUCAAGGCAUCGUCAACGUCAGUGUGCUAGUCAAACCUUCUAAGCCCUUUUGUAGCAUCCAAGGAAGACCAGAAACUGGCCAUGCUAUCUCUCUUUCAUGUCUCUCUGCGCUUGGAACACCAUCCCCUGUGUACUACUGGUAUAAACUUGAGGGAACAAACAUCGUGCCAGUGAAAGAGAGCUUCAACCCAGCCACUGGGAUUUUGGAUAUCGGCAAUCUGACAAAUUUUGAACAAGGUUAUUACCAGUGUACUGCCAUCAACAUGCUUGGCAACAGUUCCUGUGAAAUUGAUCUAACCUCUUCACAUCCGGAAGUUGGGAUCAUCAUCGGUGCCUUAAUAGGCACCCUGGUAGGUGCUGCCAUCAUCGCCUCCGUGGUAUGCUUCGCCAGAAACAAAUCAAAGGCCAAGGACAGGAAGAGGAAUCCUAAAGCCACCACAGAACUUGAACCAAUGACCCAAAAAACCCAACGUGCAGAGACUGAAGCCAUGCCGACUGAAGACGUUGUUCAGCUAGAAGCAGCUCUGCCACCUUCCACUCAUGAGACUGACCCUGCCACCAUCAUGGAACCAGACCAUGAGCUGGUCUCAGGGCCAGAAGGUGUCCAAAGACAGGGGCCUAUUCUGCAGCCUGAGCUUGAGAUCGAGCUAGAGCCAGAACCAGUGCUGGAGCCAGAGCCAGGGAUUGCAGCUGAAUCCCAGCGUGAUGAGAAAAAGCGAGUGGUCAAGCCAUAG